AUGGCAGCUCCUUCCAAAACCCUAAUGGAUUUAUUACAGCGGCCGGCUACGGCGAAGCGCCUUAAGACCUGCUCUGCGGCUUCUGAUGGCCCUCUUUCAUCAUCGUCAACAGUUGCUAUUUCCUCGGACCAGAAGCAAAGAAUCGAAUUCAACAGAGCCCUCGCCUUAUCCAAGCGAAACCUCAAAAUCUGCUCUGAUAAACUCUCCAAAUCAGAUGCUUCAGGAGUGCCGUCUGUGAAGUUGGAAGAGCUACUGGUGGAGGAUACAUGGCUGAAAGUGCUAGCGGGGGAGCUGCAAAAGCCUUAUGCAAAAAAGCUCUGUACGUUUGUGGAAAACGAAAUAUACCAGGGCAGCGUACCAAUUUACCCUCCUCGGCAUUUGAUUUUUAAUGCAUUUAACACGACUCCGUUUGACCGAGUUAAGGCAGUUAUUAUCGGACAGGACCCAUAUCAUGGGCCAGGCCAGGCAAUGGGGCUCUCUUUUUCUGUUCCGGACGGUGUCAAAGUCCCUUCAAGUCUUCUAAACAUAUAUAAAGAACUUCAUCAAGAUUUGGGAUGUUCAAUCCCAGCUAAAGGGAAUCUAGAAAGAUGGGCUGUUCAGGUAAAGAUUUGCAUCUGUAGAGCUAGUACACAUUUUAGACAACACCAGGCUAAUUCGCAUGCCAAAAAAGGGUGGGAACAGUUUACUGAUGCUGUAAUUGGAGCGAUUUCACAGAAUAGAGAAGGAGUUGUUUUUCUCCUUUGGGGAAACUAUGCUCAGGCCAAAUCAAGGUUGAUAGAUGAAUCUAAACACUAUGUACUCAAAUCAGCACAUCCUUCUGGUUUAUCUGCAAAUAGAGGCUUUUUUGGAUGCAGGCAUUUCUCUCGUACAAACCAGAUCUUGGAGGAAAUGGGAAUUCCUCCAAUCGAUUGGCAGUUGUAG